GAGAAGGAACUAUUUAAGCAAUUAGAGAAGGAUUACAAGGAUAUGAAAUGCGAUCUUGAGAAGCAAGUAACUAUAGUCCAGGAUAUUAGAGAUUCAAGGUCAGAAAGGGUACCAUGGCUAUAUGACAUAACGGGUUUUCCAUAUUACCUGACUACGCUAAAGGACGAGGAGAUCUGGAGCUCGUAUAAGCUGCCACCGAAGAAAGAGCUUAAUGCGGAUAGUGAGGAUACUAAGGAUCCUAAUCUCGUCCGAAUUUUAGUUAUAGCCGAGGCUGCCUUAAGAGACGCAUACCGGUUAUGCAGCAAUACCUCGCUAGACCGGAAAAUGACACAGUAG